UCUGUUUUGUGCAGCCAGCGUCAUUUUUCUGGAGGUCAGUAUUCCUGAGAGGUGCCUCUGGAAGAAGGCCACCAGCAAGGUCUCUGUCUUGGAGAGAUGACACAGCAGAGUGAUUUUUCUUCUUUCUGCACAUGAGAGACCAGGGUCAGGCAGGGCAUCGUCCAUGGAAAACAUGUUCUGUGCUGGAAGGGCAGCAGGAGGUUGCACAACUCUCAGGUUCCACCACAGCAGAUCCUAUUCUGUAGCCAAGACCUCUCCAAACCUGACUUUCGUGCCAGCCAGCUCUCCUCCAGAUCCCACAGAAGUGGAGGAGCUGCAGCACUUCAUUUCCCAUUCCCAGAGGCUCUUUGUAAUGACUGGAGCUGGAAUCUCAACUGAAUCGGGAAUCCCUGACUAUCGCUCGGAGGGAGUUGGACUUUAUGCCAGGACAGAUAGGCGGCCCAUCCAGCACGCCCAGUUUGUUCACAGUGCCAGUGCCCGUCAGAGGUAUUGGGCAAGGAACUUUGUAGGCUGGCCCAAGUUCUCCUCUCAUCAGCCUAAUGCAGCACACCUGGCCUUAAGGAAUUGGGAGAGACUAGGGAAACUCCACUGGCUGGUGACCCAGAAUGUGGAUGCCCUGCAUAGCAAGGCUGGAAGUCAGCAGAUGACAGAGCUGCAUGGAUGCACACACAGAGUUUUCUGCUUGGGUUGUGGAGAUCAAACCCCCCGUUCUGAGCUUCAGGAACGCUUUGAAGCUAUGAAUCCCACAUGGACAGCUGAAGGACAUGGUGUGGCCCCUGAUGGGGAUGUCUUCCUCACAGAGGACCAGGUGCGUUAUUUCCGUGUCCCAGCCUGCAGCAAAUGUGGUGGGAUCCUGAAGCCAGAUGUGACAUUCUUCGGGGAUUCUGUGAGCCGUGAAAGAGUGGAUUUGGUGCGCCAGCGCCUGGCUGAAUCAGAUUCUGUGCUGGUGGUAGGAUCCUCUUUGCAGGUAUACUCUGGUUACAGGUUUGCUCUUGCUGCCCAUGAGAAGAAGCUCCCAAUUGCAAUACUGAACAUUGGGCCCACAAGGUCAGAUCAUUUGGCAUCCUUGAAACUGAAUUCCCGCUGCGGGGAGUUGCUGCCUUUGAUUGCCCUGCAGUGAUCCAGGUUCCAAACCCCACAAGGGAGGCACCCACACUAACAAAACUAGGGCUAAGACUUCUACACAGCAGCAUCCUCCAUGCAACCAAGUACCUUGCAUGGAAUUUUUAUUCAAGUAGCAGUUUUCCACACAGGAAGAGACCCUUAUGUCCCUUUUGGAAGAGAGCCUGAGCCAGGUUUCUCAUUAUCCAUGUAAUCUCCAAUGCCCAGUAUGGGCAUGUUAAAAACAGAGGCUGCAGAUUUUGUGCCAGAAAGGCCUGCUUUUUGAGAAAAUGUGGGACUGUUGCCAAGAGGCCUAGAAUAAGAAAACAUUCCCAGCGAAGACCCCCUGAAAGAAGAAUCCAUCCUCCUGCCCCGAACCUGCCUCUCAUUCAUUACAACUAUGAGUAUCUACAAGCACAGUCAAAGCACUCCUUAGAGUAAUGAUAAAUAAGGCAAAGCUACACCAGCCCUCCAAUGGUUUACAUUAUAUACAUGCACAUAUACAGGAACAGUGAAAAGUAUAUGUCUCUGGGUGCGCGACUAAUUCAAAGCAAUAAACUCCGGAACUUAUUGCACCAGAGUUUAUUGCUCCCAGGUGCACUGUUUGAUUUGUAUCCAGGCCCACAGCAAGUUGAGCUGGGUCAGAGUAGCCCCAUCUGGUAGAGGGUUUGGGGGCUCAGCCUGCCAUCCUGGGGCUGCUCUGACCCAGCUCAACAUGCUGUUGGGAGCUGGCCAGAGCAUUAGGGUGCUCUAGCGCAGGGCUAGCUGGCAGGCAGCCCCCUCACUGAAGCACCUUCAUGGCCCAGCCAGCUGUAUCAGUGUCUACAUGUGCAGAGCUGUGAAGUAAAAAACUGCAGUUUUUUAGCUUACUCCAGUCUUAUAGCCCAUCACAUGUAGACACUGAGAUGUUUACUGCAGAUCUAAUUAGUCUACUCUGCAGUAAAUAUCUUGUGCAGACGUGCCCCCUGAAAGCAAAACUCACUAUGUAAUAUUACUCUAUACAAACAUUUUUUUAAAAUAUAUUUUGGAAAUUUUUUUGUGUUCCAGGUCAAAUUAGACAGAUCAGUUCUGAAUCCUUUGAAUUGUUGAAAAAACAUGUGGCCCUGCUACCAGCAAGUAUCCAAGUAUAAAUUAGAGUGCCUUAGGAAACUUGUAUAUUUCCUACCAGGGCUGUGUGUCUCCUCUCUGUGCAGCCAGCCUGCAGGCAAGGGAGGGGGAGCAGGUAUGCAGUGAUCAAGGGUGGGGAUUACCCCCCACCCUCCAUUAAGAGAAGGUUGCCAGUGCCCCAUGGCACCAGCAGAGAGGGGGCACAACCACCAAGCUGCCUUCACACUGCCCCCUGACAUCAGGGAAUGAACCCUGGCUGGUUCUUUGCAUCCAGCUGGCAGAGGAGGGUAAAGCAGGCAGAGGGGCAGCAAUUGAGCUGGCUGGUUUCUUAGCCUUUGCCAGUGCAGGGAGGCACUCAGUCCCCACCACCAAACACUGAACAUCUGUUAGCUUUGAUGACACUAACUUUAAGCACUUUGUGUAAAGCACAAACAUAUUACACCAUGAUCGAGGUGACCUUCUUUAACUUUUGUAAGCAGUCCAUGCAACCCACAGAGAGAACACAGGUAUCAGCCGUGACAUGGUGGGUAACUGUCAUAAGACCUACCUUAAGAAGGUGGUGUGCCUCAUCUUAUUGAUGUGAUUGCCAGUCUGGAGGGAGGUGUAGAGGCCCCAGGGUUCAGCACUAUAGGAUGCACAUCAAUCAUACUGUUGGAAGACAUGGAGUUCAGUAAAGGAGAUGACCUGUUGUUUAGCUGGGUUCAAUAAGAACAAGGGAACUUGAGGGGAGGGGAGAUGUAAAAAUUCUAUAGGAGGCAAAAUAGAAGAACCUUGCACCGAAGACCUGGCAGCAGGAGGAGCAGCAUUACAGGCCUGGAGUAUAUCAAAUGGAUAUUCAAGUCAUACUGGACAGGCACCUCCUCUCCUUCCAUCACAGGUUCACUUUCUAGCCCCCCUGUCAGCAAGGAGGAAAGAGACAUAUCCCCUAACAACCUUGUGUUGUUACCUUUCCAGACCUGACCUUCCGCAGUGCAUCAGACCCUCACACCUUUUCUGGUUCAUUGUUGACACACCAGCCCAGUGAUACUUCAGGUCAUUUUUUGAAGCUGUCGCUCCAUUCAGCUAUCAGAAAUAAAAGCACUCAUUAGAGAGCACCACAAGAACUGUUUCUUUACAAGUCGGCUUGCUAAACCAACCCCCAGCACUGCUGUCUCUUCCCUUUCAGCCACUCCAGCAUGGGAGAAGCUGCUGAGGCUGGGCUGAAGGAGCCAUGAGCUCCAUAAAUGAUUAUUCCUGCCUUUGUUCCCAGAGCAUCUCUGCUGGGAAGGGUGAGGUUGGAGCAGCAGAGAGAGAUUUGGCUCUGACUCUGGUCAGUGGUGCCUAUGUGAAUGUCUACUAUCAGACUUGCCCCACCUUAGAAAGGCCUGCAACCCCACAUAACAUGCUUCAGUAUCGAGACUCCAGGAUUUGUCUGUCUGGAAGAUAUGGAAAGAUUGGAAUCCCCAGGAACACAUGAGCAGAAGAGCCAGGUACAAACCUGCUUGUUCAUAAGUUGUGGGAAAGGGUCAAAGACUCGGCAUGGUGACCUUGGGAGCAGAAGCAAAUUGCAACGUGCUUGUGUGGAGGGGACAGAAACCUCACACCAGAGCCUGAUGCUUCCCAGCUGUGUGCCUUGGACAUCACACUUCCACAGCCAUUGCAGCAAGGAAGAAAAACCAUCAGAGCAUUUCUAACCCACAGCUGUAAGGUCUCUGCCAACAUUGCACAGUUCAGAGAGGCAGGCUGGGCAGAUUAUGGCUAUUUGUAUUUUGGGUCUAAUUAGAAAUCAAGCCCUCCCAGUUCAGUGGUGGUAGAUGGAGCCUUUCACUUCUAUGUGACUUGGUCCAUUGCAGCCCAGAUCAGUGGUGACUUAAACCAGCCCUUGGGAGCUUUUUGUGGUCUACAUUAAUUAAAUGCCUCAGGUAUGAGUUGGUGGAUGUCCAUAUCACCACAGCUGCCUGUUGGCUGUCUCAGCCAAGAGACUUUGGAAACUGAACUUCUUCACCCCAAGCUUCUGUCCUUCCAGACCAGGGAGAUACACUGGGAGAUGGAGAAUCUGUUAACAGAGGACUUCAACUUAUGCCCUUGCCAACCUAACAUUUUUCAUCCUACAUACAUUUGGCGAGGAUUUUUUUCUUUUAAAAUGCCAAAUUGCUCCUGGCUCAAAGAGUCUCCCUCUGAAAGGGAAAGAAACUAGUCUUUUGGAUGCUCCUGGUGAACAUCCAUACUCAAAGCAAAACAGCUUUACUUUCAGAUUUGUUUGGUUUCAAUUUAAUGUAGUGACACUCCUCUUGAUAAUUAAAAUUCACAGGGAAACAUCAACACUGUUUAUCCACCAGUCCUACUGCCUGCAGCUCAGCUGCUGCUGGGACCUUUUCUCUUGGCAAGAAUCCCAAGCUAGAUGUAUACAUGCACCCUUGCACACGUCACUCUGCAGUCUGUAUGCCCUGAGCCCCUAGAAAGACAGGAGAGUAAGUGGUAUGAAGGACAACCGGAAGCUCUUAUUUUGCCAGUCCAAUAUUAAACCACAGGGCAGCCAAUGACAUUUCAUAAGGGUACAGAUAUUUAAAAAAAAUACCCAGCCCCAGUAUUUUGCUGCACCAUUGAAAUUUAUUGUAGAUUAGAGGGCAUCAUUUCCAAAAGACUACAGGCGAGAUGUCCACAACAUGGCAAGAUUCAGUCUCACUGUGGCAGGGUCAGGGGAGAUGCAUGUGACUGGGCACUCCCUGGACCAGUAUUGGCCAAGGGAUGUCGCUGCCUCUGGUGUCUGCUUGCCUGCCAUGACUUGAUGUUGAGUUCAUGAUUACAGAACAGGCAGUUCAUCAUAAUGGCAUGUAGUCCCUUUAUAGGUAGGAUACAUGCUUAAGAGUUACAGUUGAAACACAGUUUAAAAUUAGGGCCUGUCUCCUUAAGGGCUGGUCAGACUUGCAAGUGCGAUCGCCUUGUGUGUCUGAGCAGGGCACCCUACGCCCCCUCCACAGUCCACCAGAUUUACAACAGAAACAGACACAGCAAAAGAGCAGGACUAUUUGCACUCCUCAAUCUGGCAGUGUUGCAGCCUAGCAGCUUCUCUCUCUUCUUCCCCCUCCUCCCUUCUGGUCUCCACAGCUGCUGCUUAUCUCCCUCCCGGAGCCCCAGCAGCCAGUCUCCUGGAUUCUUCACCCCCUGACAGUCAGCGGACCCUUAG